AUGUCUUUCUGUGGAGCUGACGUUGGUGGAUUUUACAGAAAUCCUUCUGCAGAAUUGACAUUACGAUGGUAUCAGGAUGUUUCAGUUGGAGAUUUUGUUUGGGCAAAACUUGGUUCUCAAAGAUGGUGGCCUGCUGUUGUUAUUUGGGGUUCUGACUGUGGUCAACCACCUGCAGGACAUAAUGAAUCUUGGGUAUUUUGGUGUGGUGAUCAUAAAAUAUCUGAAGUACCCAGAAAUAUGCUUCUUGAAUUUAUUCCUCAUUUUAAUAGGAAAUAUAAUGAAUUUGCAGGAAAUAAAUUUGAAAGAGGUAUCAUUGAAGUUUUACAGGAAUUAGCAAAUAGAGUUAAUAUAAAUGGAACAAUUACAAAGGAUCCAGGAUCUUUGCUGAAAUGGGCUAAAGAUGGUUUUCCCAAUAAAUGUAAAAAAGCAAAUCCAUUUUCACCAAGUGUUGAUUGUCCUAUUUCAGAACAUAUUAGAAAACAGUUAAAUAGAAUUAAAGCUCAAUAUUUAGAAUCUGUAUGGACAGAUAAAGGAGUAUCUCUUAUCCCUCGUGUUUCUAGAAAUGAUCAGUUAGUAAAUGAAAAUNAAAAUGGUAUUCAAAUGAUACAAUUUCUUGAAAAGUCAUUUCCCAUAUUUUUAAUAUUAACAGAUAUUUGCAUUGCCUGUGAUACAAGUUGCACAGAUAUAGUAAUUCAACAUCCAUUAAUUGAAGGUGGCUUAUGUAAACAUUGUAGAGAUGAAAUUAAAGAAACUAUGUUUGCUUAUGGUGAUGAUGGAACAAAUGCCUACUGUGUCAUAUGUGGCCAAGCUGGAGAAUUAUUGAUCUGUGAUAAUCAUGAAUGCAAUAGAUGCUAUUGCACAGGAUGUAUUGAAGUACUCGUUUCACCUGGUGCACAUAUAAAAGUUCGAGAAACUAAUCCAUGGCUCUGUUACAUGUGUUCAGAAUAUGAUUCUGAACAAAAUGGAUUAAUUAGAAAAAAGGAUAAUUGGCAACAAAACAUAAUGUAUUUAUUUCGACACAACCAAAGUAUAAAUUUACCACCAAAUAUGGAUGAUUACAAAGAAAAAAAAGCUAUUCGAGUUCUUUCUCUAUUUGAUGGAAUUGGAACAGGUAAACUGGUUUUGGAGCAGUUGGGAAUUGAAGUUGAAACAUAUUAUGCUAGUGAAAUAGAUCAAGAUGCUAUUAACAUCUCUCUUGUGCAGCAUAAAGGAAAUAUCAUACAUUUGGGUGAUAUUGAGGACAUUACUGAUGCUGAAAUUGGAAUGUUAUGUCCUAUUGAUUUAGUUAUUGGUGGUUCUCCAUGUAAUGAUUUAGCACUUGUAAAUCCUCUUAGAAAAGGACUAUAUGAUCCUUCAGGAACUGGAAAACUGUUUUUUGACUUUUUUCGUGUACUGAGAGCUGUACAAAUGGCUAAUAAGGGACGGCAUUUGUUUUGGCUCUACGAAAAUGUUGCAGCUAUGCCAGUGGAAUACAAAGCUAUAAUCACAAGAUUUUUACAGUGUGAGCCAGCAUUAAUAGAUUCAAAAUAUUUCACUGCACAAAAACGGGCUCGCUAUUUCUGGGGAAAUCUUCCAGGAAUGUAUACUCCUUGCUGUCAAGAAGAAUUAUACAAUUCUUCAACUUUAGAUACAGUGUUAACUCCCCAUCUUAAUAGGAAAGCCAUUAUAGAGAAAGUAGGCUCUAUAACAACUCAUAGCAACUCUUUGAAACAAGGAAAGACAGCUGUAUUUCCAGUCAGUAUGAAUGGAGAACCUGAUGUUCUUUGGAUUACAGAAAUAGAACGAAUAUUUGGAUUUCCAAGCCAUUAUACUGAUGUUGGAAAUAUUCAAUUGUCACGUCGUCAGCAGCUAUUAGGAAAAGCAUGGAGUGUUCCAGUCAUCCGACAUUUAUUUACUUCACUAAAAAAUUUUUUUAAAACUGUAGCAGUAUUUAAAAGUGCAGAAAAGGCAAGAGAUGAAGAUAUUUUAUCUGAUUAAAUGUAAAACAUUAUAUUUAUAAUGUUCAUGUCUGUUACCAUCAGCCAUUGCUUUUUUCAUUGUUGUGAAGUCUUUUACACAAACUAUAUAUUUUUUAAUUAGUUGUUUUAUUAUAUUAUUUUGACCAUUUGAAUAUUUUUACUAUUUUAGUAAAAUGGACUGUUUUAAGAUUUGGAAAAUAUUUCCAAUUAAUUUGGAAAAAUUAACUACAUUGUUAAGAAUGAAAAUGAAAGUUCUUAGAAAAAUUCUUGUCAUUGAUAAAUAUAUUUAUUUAUAUACAAUUUGAUUUCACUAUUUUUAAUAGUGAAAUAAUUUAAAUUGUGUAUAUAUAAUAAACUAUAUAUUUUAUAACAUAGAGUUCAAAUAUACAAGCCAAAUCACUGCCAUUAUCAUCAUGUCAAAUCAUCUGAUGUGAUUUUAUGAUGUUAAAGAUUGCCCCAUCUUUAAUAAUUAAGAUAUAUCUUAGAAUUAAAUGAAAUAAUUGUGAUAUUUUUUAAUGACCUAAUCAAUGCAGGAUAGCUAAUGGUAAAUAAAAUAUAAAUACCAGUCACAAUAUUUAAAUAUUAUAAAAGUAACAAUCUGCUUCCUAAAAGAAAUAAAGACACACAGACAACCAUUUUAAUGUAAAUGAGGCAAUUAUAAUAUUUCUCUGACACUGAACAUUAGAAGAGUAUUGCAAUUGUUUCUCUUACAUUAAUGUGGUUGUCUAUAUAUCUUCUUUUAAGAAGCAAAUUGUUACUUUUCUCUUUAUUAUAAUUUUUGUAUAACACUUCUAAUCUCAUAUUUUCAAUAUUAUCUAUAAACAACUUUUGUUAAAUAUAUUGUGUGUUUUAACCUAACUCUAAAAUGUUUGAAUAACAGGUCUUUAUUUCAUUGUAUAAUCUGAACGAAAUACUAUUUCUUAGGAAAUUUUAUUUAUUAGUCAAUAUUUAGAUAAUCUAUACAAUAUUUUAAAUAAAUACAUAUGCAUUUAUAUAAUUGUUAAUAAGGUACCUGUGUUCAGUGAUGUCUACAGAGAUGAUUAGUAGCCCGAAAAAAACCAAAUCUGAUAUGGUGUCAUUUUGGGAUAUGCAGAAGAUAUUUCAGUAAAAAGUAAAAUUGUUCCUAAACUCACCAUUAUGGGCACUUCUCACCUUUGGCACUUCAAGCAGGCAAAAAAAAAACUUGGUGCAAUAUCUUAAGAUGUCAUAACUUUUGAAGUGCACUUACAGCAUUGGCAUUGUUUUCGUAAAACAGCAAAAAAGGCAUAUUCAAGCAUGAUCAUGACCAUUGUUACCAAUCUGUAUUAAUAAGAAUGGUAUUUCACAUGCCAUAGGCAGUAAAGCCACACUAACUGCCGUAUAAUUAUUAAUAUGGAUUAUCAUAUUUUACAGCAUGUAAGAUUCAUUACCAUAAAGCCAUAGCAACUACCGUAUAAUAUAGGGCUAUAUCGCCUGAAUAUAGCCUGAUAUUACAUGACAGUUGCUGUGGCUUUAUGGUAAUGAAUCAGGUUUUGGAAGAUAUUUGCCAUAAGCAUUUCAAGAAGUUUUCUAUAUCAAAUGUGCAUUAUGCAUAUGCUAUGCAUUAUUUAUUUAUUUAUUUAUUUAUUUCCUCCUAUUUGUAGCAUCACAAGUUCUUUAAUUGUGAGUUUCAGAACUAAAUUUUUUCCUGUGGAAAUUCUUCUGCAUGUUCAGAAACAUGCAGAAUUUUUACACUGCAGCAUACAAAAUUUGGUUGCAUUCGGACUGCUACAUAUCCCUCUAGACAGCAUUGAAUAGAGUAAUUUUAAUUAUGAUCACUCUUUGUAAACCACAUAUCAUCUGGAAUUGUAAUUCUAGAAAGCAUGGAAUAACAUAGAUAGUUUAGUGUAUAUAUUAUAACUUAUAUUGAAACAUGAAUCUUAUUUGAAUGUGUUUGGAAAUUAUUAAUAUGGAUUAUCUUAUUUUACAACAUGUAAGAUACACUCUAUCAUUUCAGCACAGAAUAUUUAGGAAAAGUAUUUAGUGUAUUUAAACCAUCCCACACCCACACCUUUGCCACAUAGCUCCAAAGUUAUUUUCUGUAUUUUGAUUUUAAAAGUAAAAUCAGAAUGCACACUUUUAUUUAUCAGGGAAAAAGAGGAAUUUAAAAUAAUUUAUUUACAUUUAAAAUAUUCUAUAUGAAUACAUGUAAACGCUGCUUAGCUAUAGCAACAAACAAAUACACCUAGCUAUAUUUGUUUUAUUAUGAUCAUUAUUUGUUGUACUGAGAUGUCCAUACUAUGGGAAGCACUCGAAAAACAGAAAAUGUCAGCUGUUCAUAGAUGUGACUAGCAGUCUCUGUAGCAUACACUGCUAAAGAUGGUGCUGUUAAUAAUAAUAUGUUUAAUUAAACAAGAGCAUUUUUAUUCAAGAGUUUGGCUGUAGCUUGCCAUUAGUGAAAGCCAUUAUGGGAAUUCAUUAGCCUACAGGAGAUCAUAAUUUUACAUAUAAAUGCAGGGUAAUUUCCCUCCCCAUCUUAUAUGCUGUAAAAUAUGGUAUUUGUUGAAAAUUAGAAUUAUAUAACUCUUCAAAUUUACACAAUACAAAUUUUUUAUAAUCAUGUACUGUACAAUAGAAUUCACUUAUUAUAAUCAUAUUGUUAUCAGUUAUUUAAUGUUACUAGAUUUAGUAUGUCUCAAAACUUGUAAAUUAAAAUUCUUAUGAAACUUUGCAUAUUGUAAUGAGAAUUUUGGUUAUGGAGAAUGCAUACAUGUGGACAGAACAGUAAAACACCUAUAAAAAUCUCAAUGCCGUCUUUGGAAAAGCAGCCACACAUGUGGCUAGUCUUGUUUUUUUUUUUUUUCUUUGUAGGAAUUUGUAGAUGUUUAUGAACUUUUUUUAGUUUUCUACAUUAAGAACUGUUUUGAACUUUCCAACAUGAUCUUUGGAAAAGCAGCCACACAUGUGGCUAGUCUUGUUUUUUAUUUUUUUUGUAGGAAUUUGUAGAUGUUUAUGAACUUUUUUUUAGUUUUCUACAUCAAGAACUGUUUUGAACUUUCCAACAUGAUAAAGUAUCAUGUGGUGUCCAUUCAAAAUGUCAGAUCACAUGCAGCAAUGUUUCUAGUGGUUGUUUUAUGUAUCUACUGAAUUUAUAUCUGCGUGUAUGCAUCUGCUUUUGUAGUUAUCAUUCUCUUGAAGUAAAUAGUCAU